CUAGCCUGGUAGAUCCACCGUCGAUUAAUUUCACAAUUAAUUUCACCCAAUUUAUCCAAAAAUUAGGAAAAGAUUGAACCUGUCCAUUGGUUACACUGGGACAUAGAAGCAACAGAAAGAAGAAUUUACCUUUAUGUGAGAUUGUCUAUGUUAACAAGAUCAAGGAUUAGUGUCAGUAGACCCUCAAGAAGAUUUAAAGAGAAAGUUUCAAGAUACAGAUGAAGACAGAAGAAAGAAGACAAGAAAAGACAAUGAGAAAGUGUUAAAAAUAACUGAACCGAGAGAGAAAAAAAAACAUGUCUUGGAAGAGUUCUUCUAUUGUAAGCUAUCCCGAUUCGGACGAUGAUAAUGAUCCCUUGCAUUACAUCAAGAAGUCACGACCAAAACAGGAAAAUGUUCAGUAUAAUCCAGUGUACAAAAACAAAACUGGAAAGACUUCAGGACAUCCAAGAGAUCCCAGGCUGGAAAAUAGAAACAGAGAUCCUCGCUUGCAGCCCAGAAAUAAUGAAACAAGGGACCCUAGACAUCAAUCGAAUAAUGUGGAAAAUCGAGAUCCACGGCAUACAGCAAAAAAUGAAGUGGAAAAUAUUCAUUAUGCACCUGUUUAUAAUCGAAAAGUAAGGGACAUCGAGAGGGAAUAUGAAAACGCAUCGCGUUCGAAUUCAUACGAAAGUGCUGGGGCAAGAUGGAAACAGUACAAGUCCGAGAAAGCCGCAGAGAUAUCAAGGCCAGAUAAAUACCAGAGUGCGGAAUCUGGCUGGAAGAAGUUAAAAUCCGAAAACAAAUGGGACACCUCCAACUGGACAAAUGCAAGCGAUUCUUCUGACGACGAUGGUGAUAAUUAUAAUAGAAAAACGCCUAAAUCCAAAAUUGAUAUAUUUGCGAAUUCGGAGGAAGAAACCUAUAAAGAAGAAAAAUCUAAUGAACAGGGAUUCUGGUGGAAAUACAAAGACGAUGAACCUCUACCCGAUUCUCUGAUUUUGGAAAGCGCUUCAAAAUCUGAAGAGAAAAAUGAUGAUCUUUUUGAUGAUAUUUUGAGUGGUAAUCUUGUUGAAAGUAAUAAAGGCAAUGAAAAAGAUGAAUUUAACGACGAUUUCCUGUACGAUGACGUUUUAAUGCAAUCUAGGAAAGUUCUAGAAGAGGGGAAAGCUUUUCUAGGUGAAUCUGUCUCUGAAACGCAAGACGAACGAAGCGACCAACAUAAAUUCAUGUAUGAAACCGAGAGAAGUUUUAUGAAUGACUCAUCAUCGUUGCAAUUCAAACCAGUGGAUAACGUUGAGACACAAAAUCGAUAUAAUGUGGGCGAUCUGUAUCGCGAGCAAGUUGAUGUGAAUGAUAGAAAAUAUGAUGACUUGUAUAAAGAGGUAGAUGAUGAUAAUGACACGUGGUCAAGAUCAGUCACAGUGGAGAAGAAAGAGGUUUCUAACUGGUCUGAUGAAAGUCUUUCUCCUAUUCGCCGCCAGGAACCAAGUCCAGAUAGAAAUGUUGAGGUUAAUCUAGUCAAGAAGAGAAGUCCUAGAAGAUCUAGAGAUGACUCUCCGUCUUAUGAAAGAUCCAGAGAAAACAGAGAGGAAGAUACUCUUUCUCCAUAUGAUAAUGGUGAAUAUAGAGAUAACAGAAAGAUGGACUCUAUUUCAUCCUCUUACCCUAAUCAGAACAGAAAGGAUGAUAAUAUUUCUUCGUAUACAAAUCGUUCUCCACCAAGCCGAUCUCCAUCUCGGCGAGAUCAUCCUCAAAAGCCUCCAGUUAAUCAAUCAGCUCAACCAAUUAUUGGGAAUCCUUACGAAAAUCCAAAACUGAAUGUUGAUAAUAUCGAUCUGUAUUUCAAUGAUUUGAUGGAAUGGAAUUACAGUCAUCGCUGCCUCAUCUGUGACAAAACAUUUGAUAAUUUAACUAAGUGGACAGAACAUAUCCUUGAUACUAAGCAUGGUAGAGAGUUUCAUCUUGAUCCUUACAGGUGCCCACCUUGUCACGAAAUGUUCCGAAAUAAGCAGGAGUGGAAAAUGCAUAUGGCGUAUGCACCUUCUCAUGGUUUUAUGGGAAGCAUCAAUGUACCGAAGACAUACACAGUUUUACCGCCCUCGCCAGCCUUUCCUGUGCAACACGGCUGGAGAUGCAAGAGCUGUUAUAUUAUAUCACAGACAGAUGAUGACGCCUUACGUCACAUAAAGUAUGUUCAUCUCAUUCAUACCGCCCUGUAUCCAUGUCCACUAUGCGGUGAACCUUUUUGGCAUCAACGGGAUCUUGAUCGUCACGCUGAUGAUGUACAUGCUCCACCUAAAUAUCAGUGUGAUAUUUGUCAACGGGCCUUUGAAUCGGGUGAAAAGCUUCAAACUCAUCGCUUGAUAAAACACUCCAAGAAAAUUACGUGCUAUAAAUGUGAGAAACAGAUUGAUGAACUUAUUUUUAAGGAACAUUGUGAAAUGCAUAAGCUUGAAAUGCGUAAAUGUGACUACUGUGGAGAUGUAUUUAAAGACAGUUAUCACUUGGAAAAGCACGUCAGACAUGAUCAUAAGAAACACCGCCGCCGUCAUCGUUCUUCUUCAAGAUCCCCAGAUCGUCGAUCAUCUCGACGACGAUCUCGUAGAAGUAGGUCAAGGUCGAAAAGAAGCUCAUCGAAGUCUCGGAGGAGUUCAACAAAAGACGAGCAAGGUAAAAUAGAACCGAAGACACGUCGAAGCAGUUCUCCUACCAAUCAGGAACCUUCAAAGCAAAAAACCAAGGAAAGUAAAAGAUCCAUGUCUCAGGAUGAAUCAAGCAUUCCAUCAAGCAGCUGCGCUACUCCCACUAGGGAUGAAGAAGAGGACAUAUUUCCUCCUGGGGAUGAAAAUUACAGACACUCCUCACCAAAUCGGAAUCAGGAAACCAUGGAAGUUGCUCCAGCAGAAGAGGAAGACAGUCGUCAAAGUCGCGAAUGUUCUACCACACGAUCUCCACUUGGAAGGCGCGAUUCCUUAGAGGAUGAUCGUUGUUCAAGGGGAAGUGACAAGUCACGUGAUUAUCGACGAACUCGUUCAACAUCACAGAGUUCCAUAGACCGUCGGUCAUCUCGUCACAAGAGAAGUAGAUCUCGUGAUGAUAAUUCAUCUCGACGGUACUCAAGCAGGAAAAGAAGUCGAAGUCAAUCGCGAUCCCGAUCCCGAUCUAGAGAUAGAGGAUACAGCAGUAGUAAGGGGUCGAAAUAUGAUGAAGACGACCGUAGUAAUGACAGACAUCUUGAGGAUCGUGUUUAUAAAGAAUAUGAUGAAAGAUCAAAUGAUGCGAGAAAGCGCUUCAUCUCUGAAACACUUAAUGAUAGCUCGUCCAAUGCAUUCAUAGAUGAUUCAAUUCAUGAUGAUGAUGGUGGUGGUCAAGAGGAAGAAACCGAAUGGGAAAGGAGGAUCAGUAUGAAAAUGAUUGUCAAGGACGAAAUCUGGGAUAAGGAGGAAGAUGAAAAGGCUAAUAGUGCACCAGCCAAGAUGGCUCCUAAGGACCUUCCAAUAUUUGACAUCCCUGUGGAAGAGGAUAUUGAAAAGUCUUCAUCUGAAAAACCGAUAGAAAACGCAACAUGGGUUGUUGAAAAGCCUCUUGGUGAAAAUAAAGAUUCGAAGAAUGGCAAUGAAAGUGACAACGAUGAGGAUAAGAAACAAUUUGUUUGUAAAGAAUGUGGAAAGUCAUUAGGAUCAUUAAUGCAGUUACGCGAUCACUUUACUGUGAAGCAUAAGAAAGGUUUUAACUUGCGAAACAAGAGACCCUCUAGUGCUGACGUGAAGAAAAGUCAGCCCAUUGUAGCAAAGGAGCCGAAAUUGUCGGAAGAGCAAAAGGAAAUUGCCAAACUAAUUGAGGGCAUCGAAUAAUUAUUUCAUCUUUGUUGUUUACUUCUGUACAUGUACAUACAUGUAGGAAAUUAAUUUGGAAUGAAAUUUAAUUUGAGUCUUUUUAUGUUUUUGAAGCCUUCCACUGGAAACACAAUUAAACUGUAAUGAGUAUGUGUGAUCAAAAAGGACUUAGCAAUUGCAUAUGUAUCAGGCCCUCAAAUGUGUAAUCGUCUUAAAAUCAAUUUAAAAUACUUCAAUCAUGUUGUUCUGUGUAAAAUGUUAUUACUAAAGUUUUAUAAGUAUAAUAAUUAUACUGCAAAGGAAGAAAUGUGAAGGACAUGCCUUUUUUGUAAUUUUAAUUUGGUCUGCUUUUGUAUUUGAAAAAUAAUUUCAUCAAAUUGUUGCCUUCCCUUUGUUUUUGUUUGUUUGCAUCACGUGAUACUGACAAUAACAUUUUUUUGUUUUACAGAAUUACAUUUUUGCAAUUGCUCAUGUACAUAGAAAACCCAUUGUAGCUUUUAGAUUCUGCGAAAUGAUGUAAAUGACAUUUUAUUGUGUUAUUUGUUGCAGCCAAAAUUUAUGUCAAACUUGGUCCUGUAUCCUGUGUAGCAAAACUAAGUCAUUUCGAUGAAGUAUUUGUUAAAAAAUAAAAACAUCAAAUAACCUGUUUGGAAACUUAUACAAAAAAUUGAAAUUGAAUGAACAUCUUUUGGAACAAGUUUCAGACGAGCUUUGCGAUGCAUGAAUUACUAGUAAUAUGGGCAUCUUAAAGGGACAUGGACACAUUUGCAUUGCAUUUUGUUUACACUUUUUUAAAUUUGAAAAAAAAAGCUUCAGUUUGAUGACUUGACCUUUUAUGAAAAACCUUAAUGCUCAAUGACAAUAGCAUUUUUAAAAACCAUACAUUAAUGCCUCUGUUUGUAAACACUGUUGUUACAAGUACAUGUAUUGUUAAUGUUUACCUGAUGUGUUCGAUUUCCUGACAUUGUUUACAUCACUGACCAUAUUCUUUUGAUUUUGGUUUCUCGCAAUUUUUUUUUACUUUUCUUGAUUAAAGUUUUAAUAUCUUUUAUUAAUACACUUCACAUUUCCCACUUUUCUUGAAUAUUAUAGAUAUAUUUUAUUUAAAACAUUUGUCUGAAACCCUCUCGCGAUGUUUAAGUCCAGAAAUUCUACCAUACAUUUAUUAUUCGAUUAUCUGGAAGAUUCUAAACUUCAAAUCUUUGUCCAUGCCCCUUUAAUUUGAUUUUAAAAAGGAGAUUUUUAAACUAAUUAAUACAGUUAUUACAACGUGAUUGCUAAUCGGUUAACCAUUUAGGGAGUCCUAUUUUGGAUAAAUAUAUCAUUCAGAAUCUACUGGACAAGUUUAGAAAGUUUCCUCUGUAUGCACAUUGAUUCUCCUUAAUCAGAAGAAACUGAUUUCAGUUAGUUAUUGUAUAAAUAUCUCGGGGGCAUUACGAAUAAAGAAAUAAUUGUAUUUCACACACAUGUAUCGUUUUAUAAUUUUGAUUUCCAACUUUUUUAUUUUGCUUCUCUACUCGAUUAAAUGUAUAGAAGU